AUGGUUUCUUCCUCCCAGAAGCCUUCACUUUGUAACAACAUGGCGGCGCCCGGACGGCACGUAGGGCAUUAUAUUCAAAGAAACACCCAGUUUUUGCGAAAUAAUUUCGAGCAGUUAUGGAGUCAUCGGAGUUUUGGUUGGUCUCCAGCUCUGCGACAACAAGCUGCAGAAGCGAAUAAAGAAUCUGCAGAUGCUUUUGUCAUCCCCAGGAAGAAAACAUGGAGCAAGGAGGCCGUGCUGGAGGCUCUGGCUUCGACUGUCGGCAGGGAUCCUACAGCACAUCCCUACUAUUUCCAGGAUGACCCGUACCUCGCUCCCAGGACCUCCUCUGAGUUUAGGCUGUACUCUCUCUCUCAGGAGUCUGGCAGAUCCGCGGCCAAACACUUUGUCGACAGCAAUCCCAAGUUCUUCACCAAAGACUUUGCUGAGCCACAUAUACCAUGUCUGAUGCCAGAGACUGUGUCACUGCUACUUGAGGAGAUGAGUGAGGAGGCACUGAAGGAACGAAUCAGCUUGAGGAAAGUUACAGCCGCUGUCGACAUGUAUGAUCAACUGCUGCAAGCUGGCACAGCGGUCUCUGUGGAAACGACCCAUGAACUGUUGGACCUGAUCUGUCUCUACUGUGACAGAGACCCUGUCCAGGAGGGAGGAGCGCAGGCAGAGGACACGGAGGAGUCAGCAGAGGAGGUGAGGAGACGGAAAGGGAGGUUCCGUCGGCCUUCAGACCUGCUGAGGUUCACCUGGAGAGAGAACAGCAAUGCAGAGAGAAUCUUCAACCUGCUGCCAGAGAGAGACACGCGGUGUUACUCUGCGCUCAUCAGAGGCAUGGUGAAGCAUGGAGCCUAUGCAAAGGCCUUCAGCAUGUACACAGACAUGCUUAACAACAGAGUGACCGCUGACGUCCACGUCUUCAACGCUCUGAUGUUGGCGGCUCCAGAUGUCCGAGACAAAUACAACGAGAGAUGGGACCUCAUCGCUGAGCUGUUGAACCAGAUGAAUCAGCAGAAAGUUCAGCCCAACCUGCUCACCUUCAACAGUGUUCUCAAGGCUCUGAGACGCUGUGGCUUUCUGGGCAAAACACAAGCUCUGCACACGCUGAAUGAGAUGAAGGCUAUGGGAAUAGCUCCCAGCCUGGCCUCCUUCGACCACGUGCUGGCGGUCUUUUCCAAAUCAGCCUCCUCUGGCCAGGGCAACACUGACAUUUUACAGGAAGUGAUGUCAGAGCUGGCAGGAAGCAGCUUCACCUGCCAGGACCCCGAUGAUGUUCUCUUCUUCUCGAGCGCGAUGAGAAUAUGUUUGGAUAAUAAAGAUGUAGAGCUGGGUUAUAAGGUCCAGAGUCUAGUUGAACAGGGGGAGAACUGGAGGCUUCUGGGAGAUUCCUACCAGCAGAGUAUUUAUUAUGGUCGCUUCUUCAACCUGCUGUGUAUGAUGGAGCACAUCGACGUGGUGCUGAAGUGGUACAGACGGCUCAUUCCCUCGUUGUACUACCCGAACCCUCAGGGACUGAGGGACCUGCUGCAGGCUCUGGACACAGACGGCCGCCUGGACCUGCUGCCCACAAUAUGGAAAGACAUCCGGUCUCUGGGUCAUGACAACAAGUCCGAUCUGGUGGAGGAGCUGCUCACCCUGAUGGCCAGGGACAGACACAGUCCUGAGGUUCAGGAGGCGUUCGCCGUGUGUGCUCUGGACGUGAAGACUGCAUUUAGUGGAGACAGAGGGAGGCUCAGUCUGGAGUGGAGCAACGCCUCCCUCUCACACAUCACCUCUCUGCUGCUGCGAGCCAACAAGACCCAACAGGCCUGGGAGAUGCUGCAGCUCUUCAAAUCCAAGAACAGAGUUCCUGAAGAGGGGCUGUUGGAGGACUUCCUGUCGGCGUGCCGCAGCGACGGCUCUCCCGACAGAGCAGUGGAGCUGGUCCAGCUGUCCGCAGCCUUCUGUCUGUCUGCAACACCAAGACUGGCAAACCAGACGCUGGCCCAGUUUGAUGUGACGGAGGAGCAAAGAGCCGUGUUAUCUGAGCUGGAGGCGACAGGAGAGCCCUCGGUCAACAGUGGGUGAACCGCGAUGAUGCCAAUCUAUCGAUACAAAAAUGUGAUAAUCCACAGAGUGUGUUUCUGUUUCUAUAUCUGUGCAAUAAAAAUAUAUGUCCCGUAAA